AUGGUGGUCAUCCCGUCUACAGCUGUGGGCACAACCUCUGCCGUCCUCGCGCUGAGCAAAGCAGCUUGGAAGCUAGGAAUUUCCCUCUCGAAACUCGAUCAUGACACCAGAAUCGUUGAUACCACGGUCGAUAAUCUGGCAAGGAAGGUCAAGUCGCUUGGCAAUGAAUGCGACCUCGUAUAUGCUGAGUUGGAAGGGAUAAUAAGUCAGAGUCAGAUAGGAUCCGCGCCGUAUGAUAUCGAUGACAGGAUAUGGAAUUGUCUCGCAACGCAAGUGGAGGAGACUAGUCAAACAAUACAAGAGCUGGAGCUGUUUGUCAAAAGUGUUAGAGGGGAAGACUCUGGUUUCAUCGGUCAGGCUCAGCGUCAGAAGAAGCUGGACAAAACCAAGAAUCAGAUUGCGAGUAUCCGGACAAAAGUCUGCAGGCACACCGACAACUUGCGUACUACGCUACUGUUGAUCCAUACGGUACUUGCGCACAUUGCGCCCUGUCAGGCUGAUCAGGGGCUUGCUAAGGAACUGGACAAGUUGCAAGAUGUGGUUGAGAAGCUGCAGAGAUCAUCGGAAGCCAAUCCGCAUUCGCGACCUUCUCAUACUGAGGCCACUCUAUUGCAAUGUACACGUGAAGUUAUCGUGAAAGGUACGACCGUGUACGAGGCAAGUCUCGCUGCGCAGUCCAUCACUGGAGGCCGAGGAGCAACAAACAGUAACAUUCGCGCUGUAGAAUGGAUGAGUACCCUGGAGUCUAUACGCCGGGACGAGCGACUUUCGGAUCCUUCAGACAUGGUUUCCAACGUCUCCUCCAUCUUUUCUGGGAACGAAACGUAUACCGUCGUGACGAGCGCAACUUCUGAGCAAAGUGCUGUGCAGGAAGACGAGGCUGUUGAUGCAGUAGGUGACGACUCUGAUGAUGAUUUGGACACCGAUCUUGCCAAAGCAGCGCUAGACACCGGCGCAAAAGCUUUCGAAGCGCAAGAAUGGGAGGAGGCCGAUUCUCUUCUUCAAGAAGCUCUACGAAUACUGCAACAGCUUCCGAAGCAACAACGAGCAUUCUGCGACAUCUUCGGUCUGCAUUAUAAACUUGCUGUCUGUGCGUAUCACACGCAAGAGCCCGCGGAUGCAGAAGAAGCUCUUAUGGGCCUGGUCCAACAGUCAGCGAGCUCCGAUGAACAACGCAGGUGCAUUUCCGAUGCGGCACACCUGCUGUCGCAUCUGUACAUCCGCAUGGGCCAGGUCGACCGUGCACGAUCUGAAUGUAAGAAGGCUUUACAGACCCGAAGGCGAUUACUGGGCAAGCGGAGCGACGCCUCGUUGGAAUCAACGGCGCUUAUGGCACACAUAUAUGUCCUGCUCAACAACCAUGCUCGUGCUAAAUUAUGCCUUGCUAUGAUACCAGAAGCACGCAGAGACGCAGUCCUAAAAAUUGUCGAAGAGUCACUGGGCACGAAGUUUGAGCAUCUUGAUUCUUCGUCACCACUGACUCGGUCGAUCUCUGAAGACUCAGAUCUGGCAGUUAAGCGCUUUCAGAACAGGCUCCCCGCAUCUUCCCUCGUGCCCAUGGAAAUCUCUUGCCAUGGCCCUGUAUCUACGAUGAUCUCGCCGUCGCCAACUGCUGGUCUUCGGCAAUCACACCAACGCAUCCCGUCAAGUCAGGCAGGUUGGGAGGAUCUGCAAUCCGUUACGGUGGCAUCUCGUUCACCGACAGAGGAGGGAAGCGAGUCGAGAGCCACGGUGAAAGAGAGACUGAAUGAAGAUCACACCGCAGACUCGGAAGCACUUGGUGGCGCAGCUCUGAGCCUGGGCGAAUCUCCAGAGGCAAACAAAACCUUCAGGCGCAAAACCCUGUCUCGGAAGGAGAUACUCGACAAGAUCGGAUGUCAGCCAAGAGAUCGAAUCGAAGACGCUGUCUGUGACGGUGAUCAUUCAGCUCUCGCCAGUCUUCUCAACGGGAAAAGGGAAUUUUGGCGGUCAAAGUUGCGUAAGCGCGGCCGUCCAGAACGUGUAACAGCGCUGCACUUCGCCGCACUCUUCGGCGAGAUCGAUAUGGCGCGGCGCCUCCUAGACUCAAGUUUUAACAUCAACGAAGUCCCGCAUGGAUACUCAACAAGCCUCACGCCCUUAAAAUUUGCCAUCGGCGCUCGACAAGUGAAUAUGGUUGAGUUUCUGGUUGCAAACGGCGCCAAGCCGUCUGAGCCAGAUUCAUGGUCGACUUUGGCUGGGCAAUUGAUGAACCGCUCAUGGCUGAUGAAAACCAUGUCGGAGGCUGAGAAGGAAUAUGUCCCAGACCGGAUAACUGCGAUCUUGAGGAUCUUGCUUAAGCAUGGGUGGAACGUGAAUGCGCCGUUCGAGACGUCCGGCGGAACAGUGCUUCAUCAGGCGGUCACUUUUUGGACGGGUUCAUAUACGUGGGAUCUGAAUCUCCGCGCUGCCGUGACUUUGUUCUUGUGCCAACGAGGUGCAGAUCCUUUCCAAGCAAAUAAAGAAGGCAAGACACCCUACGAUAUGGCUUUGGCUUCCGGUCAUCAAGACCUCUUGCUGGUUCUCGACCGAGGCUCGAAAAUGAAACUACCAGACGACAGGCCACCGGAGCCAGUUGAGCUUCCCAGUGAGCUGCCCAGUGAGCUUAGUGAUGUGAUAUGA